GUGUGUCUGUGUUCGCUCCAGUCGAAUUGGAGUCUGAGGCGCUUGCAGAGACUGCAGCACAACCGGAACGGGAACGAUUGGUUGAGCGUGUCGGUGAGAUGGAGGCGGAAUAUGGUGAAGUUGGUGAAGGCGUAUUUGAAGGGGAGACGGAAGCCGAGUCGGCAGUCGAAGUGUUCGGUGAGAGAUUGGGGCAAGUUGAAGCGGACGCAGAAAGUGAAGCGGUAGAACAGGUUGAAUCGGAACGUGUGUCUGUGUUCGCUCCAGUCGAAUUGGAGUCUGAGGCGCUUGCAGAGACUGCAGCACAACCGGAACGGGAACGAUUGGUUGAGCGUGUCGGUGAGAUGGAGGCGGAAUAUGGUGAAGUUGGUGAAGGCGUAUUUGAAGGGGAGACGGAAGCCGAGUCGGCAGUCGAAGUGUUCGGUGAGAGAUUGGGGCAAGUUGAAGCGGACGCAGAAAGUGAAGCGGUAGAACAGGUUGAAUCGGAACGUGUGUCUGUGUUCGCUCCAGUCGAAUUGGAGUCUGAGGCGCUUGCAGAGACUGCAGCACAACCGGAACGGGAACGAUUGGUUGAGCGUGUCGGUGAGAUGGAGGCGGAAUAUGGUGAAGUUGGUGAAGGCGUAUUUGAAGGGGAGACGGAAGCCGAGUCGGCAGUCGAAGUGUUCGGUGAGAGAUUGGGGCAAGUUGAAGCGGACGCAGAAAGUGAAGCGGUAGAACAGGUUGAAUCGGAACGUGUGUCUGUGUUCACUCCAGUCGAAUUGGAGUCUGAGGCGCUUGCAGAGACUGCAGCACAACCGGAACGGGAACGAUUGGUUGAGCGUGUCGGUGAGAUGGAGGCGGAAUAUGGUGAAGUUGGUGAAGGCGUAUUUGAAGGGGAGACGGAAGCCGAGUCGGCAGUCGAAGUGUUCGGUGAGAGAUUGGGGCAAGUUGAAGCGGACGCAGAAAGUGAAGCGGUAGAACAGGUUGAAUCGGAACGUGUCUGUGUUCACUCCAGUCGAAUUGGAGUCUGAGGCGCUUGCAGAGACUGCAGCACAACCGGAACGGGAACGAUUGGUUGAGCGUGUCGGUGAGAUGGAGGCGGAAUAUGGUGAAGUUGGUGAAGGCGUAUUUGAAGGGGAGACGGAAGCCGAGUCGGCAGUCGAAGUGUUCGGUGAGAGAUUGGGGCAAGUUGAAGCGGACGCAGAAAGUGAAGCGGUAGAACAGGUUGAAUCGGAACGUGUGUCUGUGUUCACUCCAGUCGAAUUGGAGUCUGAGGCGCUUGCAGAGACUGCAGCACAACCGGAACGGGAACGAUUGGUUGAGCGUGUCGGUGAGAUGGAGGCGGAAUAUGGUGAAGUUGGUGAAGGCGUAUUUGAAGGGGAGACGGAAGCCGAGUCGGCAGUCGAAGUGUUCGGUGAGAGAUUGGGGCAAGUUGAAGCGGACGCAGAAAGUGAAGCGGUAGAACAGGUUGAAUCGGAACGUGUGUCUGUGUUCACUCCAGUCGAAUUGGAGUCUGAGGCGCUUGCAGAGACUGCAGCACAACCGGAACGGGAACGAUUGGUUGAGCGUGUCGGUGAGAUGGAGGCGGAAUAUGGUGAAGUUGGUGAAGGCGUAUUUGAAGGGGAGACGGAAGCCGAGUCGGCAGUCGAAGUGUUCGGUGAGAGAUUGGGGCAAGUUGAAGCGGACGCAGAAAGUGAAGCGGUAGAACAGGUUGAAUCGGAACGUGUGUCUGUGUUCGCUCCAGUCGAAUUGGAGUCUGAGGCGCUUGCAGAGACUGCAGCACAACCGGAACGGGAACGAUUGGUUGAGCGUGUCGGUGAGAUGGAGGCGGAAUAUGGUGAAGUUGGUGAAGGCGUAUUUGAAGGGGAGACGGAAGCCGAGUCGGCAGUCGAAGUGU